AUUAUAAUUUACAAACUUAUCUUGCUGAAAAUAUUGAUUUGAUUUGGGAUGAAAAAUUAAACAUUUCUCGAGGAAUUUCUGACGCAUUAACUUAUUGUCAUGGUCUAAAUAUUUUGCAUUAUGAUAUUAGAACAAAUAAUGUAUUAUUGGACCAUAAUCUUCAACCAAAACUUUAUAAUUUCCGAAUUGUUAAAGAAUCUCCUGUAGUUCUAAUUUCAGAAAAUUCACCAAUUGAUGAUUAUAGAUAUAGUUCACCGGAGAGAAUUCGAGGCGAAGCAUAUACUACUGCUAGCGAGGUUUACAGUUUCGCAAUGGUAAUGUGGGAAAUUCAACAUCAUCAAUUACCGUAUUCAAAUUCAACUCCUGAACAAAUCAAUUCGAAAAUCUUGGCGGAUGAAAAACCUGAAUUAGAACCAAAAGUUGGUACUCCGGUUGAAUAUCAACGUAUAAUUGAAGAAGCUUGGUCAUAUGCACCCGAAAAACGUCCUAGAAUGUCAUCUAUAUUUUCUCGUUUGGAUGUAUUAGAUUCUUCUUAUCUUUUCGGGCUGAAAGUUAUAGAGCUAAUCGGUUCUAAACAAGAAGAAAAUGAGA